AUGGACGCGAUCAAGAAGAAGAUGCAGGCGAUGAAAAUCGAGAAGGACAAUGCCCUCGAUCGAGCCGAUGCCGCGGAAGAGAAGGUACGACAGAUGACCGACAAGCUGGAGCGAAUCGAGGAGGAACUACGAGAUACCCAAAAGAAAAUGAUGCAGACCGAGAAUGAUCUCGACAAGGCACAGGAGGAUCUGGCCGUUGCCAAUAAUAACCUGGAAGAGAAAGAAAAAAAAGUACAGGAGGUGGGCUGCUUUGGUACCACUAAUUUACAGCUAACUCAGUGA